AUGCCAAAACAUAUUUCACACUACCAUAAACAACUCAAAGGAUACUACCGUUCUCCUUCAUCCUCGCAAAUCCUAGUGCCUCCAUUUUUCGCAAACCCUAGUGCCUCCAUUUUUCGUUUUUCGUUCAAACUUUCUCCUUCAUCCUCGCAAACCCUAGUGCCUCCAUUUUUCGUUCUCACCGUUCUCCUUCAUCCUCCAUUCACUUUCUCCUUCAUCUCCAUCAUCUUUAAGGCCUCAAUAAACACCAUCUCCCGUUCCAUUAGCAUCUCCAUCUUCGCAACCUUCAAUGUCCCCAGUAAACGCCAGUUACGUGGAACCCUAACCUACAUCUGGUCAGUCCUAAGCACACUUUCAGUCAUGGAUAUGGAUGCAACAAGCAAUGCACCCUGAAUUGAAUUACAAUAGCAUU